AUGGAACGCUGCGUGACUCGUCAUCGGGCCGUAUGGCUUCAGAUUCGUACUCUCAAGUCAGAUGCAAAACCACGUGGGUCGUCUCUGUUUAUCCACGAUGCCCGAACUCUCGUCAAAUCAAAGAAAGUUACCGUUCUGAAUGAUGGAGAUAGCAUCAACAAAACCAAACUGAUUGUCAAGGAGACCCAGAGAAAGUACUUCGAUCCUUCCAAUAAAACCCUAGACUUUUCUCUCCUGAACAAGCAGCUAUUCACGAAAAUCCUGAGGGAGAGCAAGGACCGAACUUCAAAACGAGUCAAUGAUCCAUCGCAGACCUGGACUACCUCACAGAAGUCACCGGCUGACAUUUCCAGAAAGAUGAAGAAAUAUCUUACGUAUGGUCGAGUUUCCCUUCGACAUAAUCUCAGUCCGUUGAGCGUGGGCGACUUAGUCCUACUCGGAGAACAGAGCACAUUGCUCCACAUAGUGGUUGCAACUCCACAGACUUUGGAUUCAGAUACAUAUACAUUCAUUGAUAAUGAGGGAGAAAUCACCUACGGAACCAAGCACCAUAUCAAAUUGCGUAUUCCGCAGAUCAUACCCAAGAAAUUCUUGGAGAGCCUUGGUCUUAUCACUCUAGAGAAGAAGUAUGCUGGUUUGGCUCCCAUUGGAAUGCCUGAUAGCAAAUUCUCCAGAUCGGUGAAGUCAUUACCCGAAAAUUUAAGGAGCGAAAACCAGAAGAAUUCGGCACCAAGCUCGGGUGCUGAAUUUUCCAAUAGUGGGGAUGACUUCAUUGUGGCCCAGGCUACUUCUCAGCUCUUGACCGAUACUGAUGUGAAAACGUACAUCGUUCCCACAAGCGCAAGAAAGGUGUUUUCUGAGUACCUCAAAAACGCCUCCAUUGUAUCUUUCUGCAAGGUAACAGCAUUCAUGAACAAAUUGGAGUACUUUCACAAGGUGCUCCAGUAUGAUGAAAAUAACAACCUUCUAGAUUCUUCUCGAACCAUUCCCAUAUUUGAGCUUCUUGACUAUGUGUCGAAUUUUGAUGAGACACUCGAGGUGAUAAAAAAAGUGAAGGGUCACGACGAAGAGUACCAGAUCAUUAACUCAUACAUUCGGGGAUUUGGUUUCAGUAAUAAAACCACAUUCGGCAAGAAACUUUCCUAUGGUGCAAAUCAGAAUUUUGCCGACUCUAGCCACUCUCUCUCAUCUUACAUUGCAUUUAUUGUUGCUCUCUCCCGCAGCGGUCGUUUGUGGAAGGUGAACACACAAAAGUCCACGAAAACACCCAUAAGUGUGGAAAUUCUUCCAGUGCAGAAAUUGGUUUCGCUCACAGAUACCCUCAAUGUGUUGAAAGGUGGUGAAGCCAAGAAGUUCGUCCACUAUUAUGUCAAAUACAUGAAGACCGGAGACCUUACGAAUAAACCUCCGCAUUACGAGGCUAUAUUGCAAAUGUUCAAGGAUUUUAUUGUUCCAAACAUUUAUCACGACAGAACAAUGGAAAGCGUCAUGGGGAGCCUUAUAAGAAGCAUCGACAGAAAAUUAGAGAACGAAGGCUUACAUCAGAAGCACACUAUCCCAUAUGCGUAUGAGUACUCCAAGAGUCGAGCUUUCGAGAUAGUGAAUUCCCUAGAAAAGGGAGGUUACUCCAACCCAAUCCAAUGGUCUGAUAGUUUGAAGCUUCCAAAUUCCGGAAACUCUCCUGAAUCAGACCUGUAUUGGCAGUAUUACGCAUUCUUGGAUUCAAAAUAUAAGACCAAAUCUGAUCUUUUGAAUGACCUCGCAAAUCCUGAAGAAGAAUCUUGUUGGUUGCAAAAUGAGUUUCAUGCUGACGAUAGACUCCAACAUGUUAGAGAAGAUUUUGGAAACAUCCCAAUUUAUUGCAUUGACUCUGCCACAGCACACGAAAUUGACGACGGAAUAUCGAUUCACACCGAUGGAGAGAAAUACGUGUUCACUAUUCAUGUUGCUAACCCCACGUCCUACGUCAAGAAAAAAUCAAUAAUAAGUGAAAUCGCCUUUAGCAAAGGAACCACAGUUUAUUUGCCAGAAGGGCCUACUAUGAUGUUGCCGCAACUCAUGUCGAGAAUGUGUGGCCUAAAUGGUGAUGCCAACACUCGAACAUUUGCUAUCCAAUUUGAUCUUGACCGUAGUGAGAUUGAUGAUUAUUUGAGGAAUUUGGACGAAACAAAGGUCCCAAAAUCAUCCUUGGCGAAGAGGGUGCUCAGUCGGAUCAAUUCUACUUCAAAAGUUAAGUUUUUCAUGGCUCACAACUUCCCGCAGAAUUUCACCUACGAGAACGUUAAUAAAGUGUUGAAUAAUGAAGAGAACAUCGCAAAAUUCAAGAGAGGCGAGUUCGCAGAGGGUUCCCACGAGCAGAACCUUUUCACACUUUACCAUGUUUCCAGCAUUAUUAAGCACAUCCGUAUUGCACUCGGUGGAGGCUUGGAGUUGAACUCCGAAAAACCCAAGGUAAGGGUGGAUUACAUGCUGGAAGAGACGCCAGAAAAAGAGCAGUUUAAACGUAUACCUGGUGGAUACACUCUAGCACUUCCAAAGGGCAGAAGUGAAAAAACUCCUAUCAUUACCAUCACCGAAGAUGUUGACCAGGAUAGUAGAUCCAAGUCUCAGCAACUUGUCUCAAACUUCAUGAUUGCUGCAAACUUUGCUGGACUGCACUACGCCCACAAGAACAAGAUCCCUAUCAUCCACAGAACACAGGAGUUAGGACUUGAGAAAGGUGUGGAAGAUAGCGUUCGGAUACUCAACCAGAGUCUCUACGAAGGCAGGAAGUCAGCCAGCGUGGAGCAGAAGGCACAAAUUCUUUCGAUUUUGACAGCAGCAAAUUACGAGGUGACAAGAAAGAGACACGAAUCGUUGGGACUUACCAGCUAUCUGAAUUUGACUUCCCCAUUGAGAAGGUACGUGGACAUGGUGAACCACUGGAUGUUCGAAGAGAGAGCGAUGAAACGAGAAGACAAAGGAGACGAGAAUGCUAAAAGGGAAGACGGUAGAGAUAUCACAGAGGAGAGCAGUGGAACCACAGCGAGCGAUUUAGACUACAUAGCUUCUCAUCUCCAGAGUUGUGAGUUAACCAAUAAGUUAGCCCAGAGAUUCUCCGAUAAGUUCUGGAAAGGGACGUUUCUUAAAAGUUACUUCGAGAAGCUCCACUGCGGCAAAAUCGCUGAUCCGAUUCAAUUCUCCAUACUUCUACGGUCCGAUGCCAAGCAUGGGGACAUAAGGGCGGAGAUUCUUGGGUUUAGUGACUUGAGAACAACCGUUGUGCAAAACGAUUACGUCAUUUCCAUGUUUGCAUCGGGGGCAUUCAAGGUGGGGCAAGUGGUUACCAGCAAGUUCCGCGUUAUCAAGCUCGACUUUUUGGAAGACGAAUUUACCAUCGAGCUUCACGAAUAA